CAGCGGAUACUCACCUGUUGAACAGCAGCGGUCUGGUUUAAAUUAACCUCUAAUUCACCUGUUUUUUUACUCUCUCGAGUGUGAGCCUUCAGGAUGACGGACACACUUUUACCAAACGGCAUGAAAAACAGCCGAGGAGACAGCAAUUAUUUCAGAAAGGGUUGUAACCCGUUCGCCCAGACUGGACGAAGCAAACUGCAGAACAAGCGAGCCAGUCUGAACCAGCAGAUCAUCAAAGAGAUGAGGAUGAGGGCCGGAGCUGAGAACCUGCUGAAGGCUACAUCUAACAACAAGGUUAAAGAGAUGGUUCUGUUGGAGUUGAGUUAUGUCAAUGCCAACCUGCAGCUCCUGAUGGGACAGCUGGAAGGACUCAACAGCUCAGUGGAGGUCUAUCAGAACACACAUGAAACAGCCAACAUCCCCCUCAUCGCUCUGGGUCUGAAGGAGACAAAAGAAAUUAACUUCUCGACUCCAUUCAAGGACUUCAUCUUGGAGCACUACAGUGAAGAUGGAAACAGUUUUGAAGAUGAGAUUGCUGACCUGAUGGACCUGCGACAGGCUUGUCGAACCCCAAGUCGGAGCGAAGCUGGAGUGGAGCUGUUUGCAAAAUACUACAGCCAUCUUCCUCUGAUGGAGAGCCGAUUCUUCGCCCCAAAUCGCCAGACUGGCAUUUUCUUCACCUGGUAUGACUCCUUCACAGGCGUGCCGGUGUGCCAACAGAACCUGUCACUGGAGAAGGCCAGCAUCCUCUUCAACAUGGCUGCCCUCUACUCUCAGAUUGGAACCCGUAGUGACAGACAGACAAUAGUCGGCCUGGAGGAGGCUAUCUCCUCCUUCCAGAAAGCUGCAGGUGUCCUGAACCACCUGAAGGAGACCUUCACCCACACUCCCAGCUACGACAUGAGCCCAGCCAUGCUCAGUAUGUUGAUUCGGAUGAUGCUUGCUCAGGCUCAGGAGUGCCUGUUUGAGAAGACUGCAUUGCCUGGGAUUCCAAACCAGUUCUACUCCCUGAUGAAAAUGGCCCAGGAGGCUUCAAAGGUCUCAGAAACCUACGACCAAGUCCACCAGUCCAUGAUCCAGACGCCAGUCAAAGACAAUGUCCCAUUGUUCUGGUCCACCAUGUCGCAAGUCAAGACCAACCACUACCGCUCAAUGGCGCACUACUUUGUAGCCUCAGCCCUGCUCGACCACCAGCUGGGUCCCAAUGAUGAUGAGGACAAGCAGGAGAAGACCUUGUCACAGGUCUAUGAUCGCCUUCCUGAGGGACGCUGUCCUCUGGACAUCCUGAAGAAGAAAGAUGAACGUGAACGCAUUGGUAAAGCACACAUUCGACGGGCCAUCCUGGGUCAUGAAGAGGCUCUGAGGAUUUAUGGUUUGUGCCACCACUUGAACAAGCUGGAGAUCCUGGAGGACAUUUUAAAAGCCAGUCACCAGCGCUCACUCAAGAAGCACAGUGAAAAUGACGAGGAAGAAUUCACCGACUACACUGAGGCACCUGACAUCAUCUCUAAAACAGAGCACAAAGCAGAGAUGGAGGUUCCUGCGACCACAAAGGUGAAAGUCAGUGACUUUUUCCAGAGGCUGGGCCCUCUGUCAGUGUUCUCAGCCAAGCAGCGGUGGACUGCCCCGCGGACAAUACGACUCCGCCCAGAAGACAGAGACCUGGGUUUCACACUGAAAGGAGAAUCACCGGUCCAGGUGGUUUCAUUGGACCCCCUCUGCCCAGCUGCUGCUGAUGGGCUCAAAGAAGGUGACUACAUUGUCGCCGUGGGUGACACUGACUGCAAAUGGUCGGGUGUGAGCGAUGUGAUGCGGCUGCUUAAGGACGUGAACGAGGAGGGAAUUGACAUCCAGGUGGUCAGCAUGAUGGACAGCAACCCUCCCAUGCCUACAAAGAGUGCCACCUUCUGUGGAAACCUGCCGAAGACCUACUCCAUGAUUUGUCUGGCCUAUGAUGAUGACGACAAGAACCCCAAGUCCCGCAAAGUAACAAAGAAGUCGUCCUUCCUCAGCUGGGGUCUGAAGAACAAGCUGAAGAGUGCUAGCACCCUCAGCCUUCCCACAGCAGACCACGCCAGCACCCAGCCCUGGAAUAAACCAUAUCCCACCUUCCCUAGCUCCAGCUCCUACAACAACGACAGCGUCCUGUACUGAACUAGCUGCAGGCACUAGCUGCAGGCUUUUUACUGUAUGCUAGCAUUGUGCAGUAUGCAUAUUUAGCCUAGUAUGGCUGUAUAGAGUACUGUGCUGUACCCAUACUGGACAUACUAUGGUACAGUGUCAGUGCCCUUUGGUGUUUCCACUGGAAUACCGAGCAGUAGUGUUCGUAGCUUGCUGGUCACCAAUGCAGCGUCACUACCAGCUACCUUGGAAAGUGGCUGUGCUAAAUACUGUACCUGAGUGCCUAUGUUAGUACAUCAGCGCCUUCCCAGCACAGUUCAGUAUCUGCAGUGAACUGGACUGUACAUCAAAUGCAAUGGGAAAAUCAUUCUGUACCAUGCCAGUAUGCGUACAGCACAGUACAACUGCACUGUGGGAAAAACAUACCAGUUACCAUUCCAGUCUAUAUAUAUAUACACACACACACACACACACACACACACACACAAACACACACACACACACACACACACACACAGCACUGAGACAGGUUUCUAAGUUAGACUGUCAUCUCAGUAUGUUUUCUUGAAGAAACGCUCCAGACGAAUUGAAGGAUGAAAACAAAGUUGUACAAACACGCCCAGUGUCGGGUUCUGCUUGACUGCAAGGGGGUGAUUUUACUGUGGCUUAAGCAGUCCCUUGUUAGCUCCAUUGUGUACUGAUGUAGCUGUGCACUGUGCAGUUAUGUUCUCUGUAUAUCCUCAAUACAUGUUUAUUUCAUACUGUACACGCGAAAGAUUUGGUCAUUGCCAAGAUAUUUGUUGGCGAAUAGUCGGUGGACACUGAUCAGUUUUGGGAUUUGAAAUACAUAUAUUUUCUAAAUAGAUAUGUAGAUGUGACCUUGUUGCAGUAUGUUACACAGUAACUGAGGGAAAACAAAUUGUGCUCUGCAGUUAUUUUCUUUUUAUCUGUGGAGAGUUGAUGAAUGCAAUGUUCUAUAAGCUGCUAAAAAACAUAUAUAUAUAUAUAUAACUUGGUUGUGUAUUAUUGUCACUUUUGUAUUUGUGAGACAGCCUUCAACAAUUAUUGUUUCUGUUGACUGCCAUGCCUGGGACACAGUGUAAAUGGAAAUAUUGGUAUUUUAGGUUUGCUUAAUGUACCAGUUAUGCCACAGACCAAAAUGCCUCCAUGUCCCUGGCAUGCCAGUAUGUUACCAUUUACCAUCCUGACUCAUCUUACCCACCCUCUUUUAUCAGUACUGCUGCUGUCUGGCAGUUUGUCCAUGUGUAAGAAGAGCACACGCUGUGUGUCUCUAGUAAUGUGAAUCUUGACGUGGUUAAAGGUUAUUUUAUCUCCAGAAGGGAAGAAUGUGGGCACACUGAUGACAUUCCUGCAUUGAACCUAAAUAGCUGGUCACCCGACAGUGACCUUGACCAAUGCCCACAGUCAGGUUUCUAAUAUUUGUCUCUACUUGUCUUAAUCCUAGUCACAUCCCAGAUUCUACUGACACUUUGCAGUGUUGGACUAUCUCUUUAUCUACAAAGUAGAUUCUUAUACACAUUUGAUAAUCAAAUUAUUUAUAUAAUGAAAAAUAGACACAAAAAUAUAUAUUUUUGCCUGUAAGUUGUAGGUGUCAGAACUAGUUUGUGAGUGGUCAAGUUGUGAAUUUUUGCACGUUGGAUUUCUUGGUUGGUUUCUUGGAGGAAUGUAUUUUACUAGCCUUGCUAAAUCAUUUGGUGAACUUAUAUACUGGUAUAUUUGUCUAUGUAAAGAUAUUUUAAAGUUUUGUUUUAAACAGUAACACUGAGAAGAUGUAACACUCUUUACUGUCUCUGUUUACCUAAUGUGGUGUCUUAAGUGCCAUUUAUACUAAAUCAUGAAGUGUCACAAUAAGUGUAUAACAAGAAUGUGCAGUAAUUGAUUCAUAUUAACAAGUGCCAACUAAUUGUGCUAACAGAGGCAGUUAUACCUACACAGGUAUGAUGCUCUGAAUGAUCUUUGUAUGCAUUUCACAGUGCAUAGUGAUUCUAAAUGCCUUGGUGUACAUAUACAGUGGUGUCCAAAAGUCUGAGACCACAUUCAGACAUUUGGACCCCACUGUGUAUGCAGAGGGUGAUAGUACCUGUUCUUCAGAGGUUUCAGGUUGCCUUUUCUUCUUUAUCUGUACUCUGUGCUGCAUAGCAACUGUGGUGUAAAUGCUUUGUUAGUAAGUCUUUGUGUCAUAUGUGUAAACUCAAUAAAACUGGGA